GAUGAGAAGCACACAAUGCAAAACCUUAAUGACCGCUUAGCAACUUAUCUUGGAAACGUCCAAGCGCUGGAAGAGGCAAACAGUGAACUUGAAAGCAAAAUUGCAGAAUGGUAUGAAAUGUUUGGAGCAGGAAACCAAGGGGGACAACCACAGGACUAUAGUGAAUAUUAUGCCAUUAUUGAUGACCUUAGGAAUCAGAUAAUUGCUGCAUCAAUUGACAAUGGAACACUGAUUUUGCAGAUUGACAAUGCUAGGCUGGCUGGUGCUGAUUUCAAACUCAAGUAUGAUAAUGAAUUGGCCCUCCACCAAAGUGUUGAAAUGGACACCAAUGGCUUACGAAAGGCCCUGGAAGAAAUUGAGAUAACAAGCAAUGAUUUUAAAGUGCAGAUUAGCAGCUUUACUGAAGAAAUGGAACAGAUGAAGAAAAAUCAUGAGGAGGAUAUGAACUCAAUGAAUGAUUCUACUACAGCUGGAGAUAUCAAUGUGGAAAUGAAUGUCACACCUGGAGUUGACCUGACUACUCUCCUCAAUCAGAUGAGGGGUGAAUAUGAGGUUCUGGCUGAGCAGAAUAGAGAGGAUAUUGAGGCUUGGUUCAAUGAGCAGAGCCAAGAACUGAACAAGCAGAUCAACACCAGUGUUGAGGAAACCAGUACCAACAAGAGUGAGAUUACUGAACUGAAACGCACUUUGCAAAGUCUUGAAAUUGAACUGCAAUCUCAACAAUCACUGAAACAAUCUCUUGAGUCUACUCUAGUAGAGACAGAAAAUCAGUACUGUUCCCAACUGUCCCAAAUACAAGAAGUGAUUGGCAGUGUGGAAGGCCAAGUACAGCAGAUAAGAGAUGACAUGGAGUGUCAGAACAGAGAAUACGAACAGCUCCUGGAUGUUAAGAUCCGCUUGGAAAAUGAGAUUGACACUUACCGAAGUCUCCUUGAUGGAAGUGAAAGCAAUGAUAGAACUUCAGGAAGAAGAGACAUGAGACAACCUUCAGAAGUUAAAUCCAGAGGACAAACAGGUUCAAAAUCUAGAGACCAGUCAUCUUUCAGCUCUGGAUCUAAAGCCUUAGGAUCUUCAGAUUUAAGAUCUAGGGAAUCAUCAUCAGCAUCUUCUGGUACUCAAUCUAGAAGUGCCUCUCAGUCCAAAGGUUCUGGAUCUGGAGAUUCUAAACAGACAGACCCCCAAAAAACAAGAGUGAUCAGAACCAUAGUGGAAGACAGAAUUGGUGACCAAGUUGUCUCAACUCGUGUUCAAUCUGUUGAAGAAAAACCCAUUAAAUAAGCAGUCUCAGCUUUACUACAAAGUCUUUCGAAACACAGCACUCAGAUAGAAACAGAUAGCUACCUUCCAAAAUAGGAUCAUCUUCCUUUCUUGGCUUCUGCAACUGCUUCUUUUCACAGCAUAUUUCUUCUUUGCAAUUCUAGAAUGAAAAUGUUGACUUCAUUUUUGGCAUUCCGCAAUAAACAUUGCAUGUUGCAG